AUGAUUAAGGAAGAUUGUUUUCUUGACAAAAGUGUUGUCAGAUCAACAAUGUGGUUGGGUAUUAAAGCGUCAAGAUACGCCAGCUCCUCUCUCUCUCUCUCUCUUUCUGAAUUUUUAUAAGGUUUGAGAAACUGAUCAUUUGCUUUAGUGUUAACCUAUCUCUUGUCUUCUCGUUCUCUCUCGCCUUUGGCUUGGCUUGAAAGAUAUCCCAAGUUACUUCUUCUUCUCCUUUUUUUUCUGCCGUUUUGUGCGGCGACCAAAGCUGGUUCAGGCCAUGCUGAAUCUUGGCAUCAAAUAAACGUUUUGGAGCUUGUUUCAGAAUUACUUCUGCAACUUGCAACACUUGUUGCCCUCUAGAGAAGUUUGGAAUCCAAGGUGUUCAGAAGAAUCUAAGCUUAUGCUAACUCCUAAGGUACAUCGUUGAAGAAAGCCAUGGCGAAGAAAACUCGACGACGGCGUGCAGCUGCUGGACAGGAGAGGGAUCAGUUAGGCUGCAUGUGGGGAUUUAUGAAUAUGUUUACUUUCCGUCAUGGACCACUCUCUCACAAGCUGCUUCUGGACCAUAAGCAUGUUCUGUUAAUUGUUCCAUCAGCUGCUGGAAGUCCUAGGAAUAAUGAACUUGACAAGUCGAAAUGCCACGAUAAGGAUGCUCAAGAAACCCAUGUUGGUGAAGAACGCAAUGUCACGAUUACGAUUAUAAAGCCAAGUGUGAAGAAACUCAUAGCAGAAGAGUUGUUCAAUGACAAGGAAAUCAAGAAGCUGAGGGAGAAUGCUGAAGCAGGACAGUUGUCAGACUCUGAACUCGAAGGUAGAAGAAGGAAAAGUCAGAGGAGAAAAAACAAGACACGCAAGAACAGCUGCGGUAAUUUUAGCCAUAUAUACACAGCUGACAGCGAAGAGCCUGAGGCUAACCGCAGAACUAAGAAGAGCCAUCAUGGCUCUGAGAGGAGUCUUGACAUUGAUAAUAUGGUUGAAGAGUUCUGUUCCGAGAUACAUCGCAGAAGUGCAAAGAAUGGGAUGUUUAACCACAAACACGAAGAUUAUAAAGAAAAACUGAGGGAGUUGGUCAGGGUUUUAAUCAGUCAGAAGCUUUUACAUGGAGAAAAUAAUAGUGAAAUCCUUACAUCCAAGGACUUAAUGGAAGUGUUUCAGAUUCUUGGGUCGGAUGAGGAGUUGUUUCUCAAACUUCUGCAAGAUCCAGAGAUACUUGUGCCUCAAAAUUCACGAGACUGUCAAAGUCAGAAAGGAGAAGAAAGCUUGAGCUUGUUUGAGAAACAAUCUUCUCUUGCUGAUAAGAGAUGGUCUAGCUUGUUCAGGAGGAAGGAUACAACACAAGAAGUGACUGAUGACAAAGAAUGCGACCGUAUUUUCAUUCUGAAGCCAAGAUCAGCAAGCUUUGACACAGGAACUAGCCGGGGUUUGUCACCUGAUUCUCAUUUGAUGAGAAACAGUUCACAUUUCUUUCUUUCUGAGAUCAAGAGGAAGCUGAAACAAGUAGUCAAAAAGGAACAACGUGAGGGGGGAUUCGGGGAAGGGUAUCCAAAGAAUGUGCCAACAAAAGAUCAUUUCUUUCUCGAGCGGAUGGCAAAGCCUUCAACAUCUCAGAAGAAAUCUCAUUAUGAGGAUGAUGAUGACAAAAAGCAAAGGGUAUCUAACAUUUAUGUAGAGGCCAAGAAACAUCUGUCUGAGAUGUUAAACAAUGGAGAGCUAGAUUCAAACUCAAGGAGCAGACAUGUUGAAAAAAGCAGCCUGGGAACAAUUCUCUCCGUUCCUGAGUACUUGUCUCCUCUAAGGAGCCCUGGAAUAAGAUGUGAAAAGAGCUCACCUGCACACAGGAAGUCUGCUUCAGCGGAUUUCAUAAAUGAUGUGCACAUCAGCAAGAGAGAAACUCAUGUGAGCCUACCAGAAAAUGCAAUGAAAAAUGAUGAUAUAAGUAAAAAACCUGACAAUUCUAUCCAACCAACCGCAAGUGAACCUACUGAUAUAAGUGCUACCGAAGAUAAAAUCUCUGCUGCAGAUGAUGUAAUGAUUACCAAUGAGAUAGAUAUAGUUCCAGAGGAAGCUAGAUCUACUUUGGUUGGUGACUUAUCCAAAGCUGAAGCUCAUGAUGAACAGAGAGAUGGUAUAGUCUCAAAACAGGCCUCUCAUGAAGAGAGACAACCACCACUGUCUUCCUCUGUAGCCUCCCCAUCGCACUAUUUAGCUAAGAGUGAGGACUGCAAAUCAGCUAGUCAUGAUGUUCCGGAGUGGUCAAGCCCAAUAUCAGUUCUUGAGCCACUCCUCAUUGAAGAUGAUAUAAGCCCUGCAAAAAUGCGAUCUCAGUCUGAUGAAGCACAACUGCAGCCAUGGUGUAUCCACUUCGAUGAAAAAGAAGAUACAGCAUCGAAAACCCGAGAGGAUUCUGUCAAAACCAUCACAAGUAGUGACAAAGACCUGGUGUUUAAGUAUGUAAGAGAUGUCUUGGACGCUGUUGUCUCAGAUUUUGAAGAGCUCUAUCUGAAGGCGCAAUUCUCUGAUCAGCUUCUUGAACCGGCACUGAUCAGCAACAUACCAUUCUGUCCAAACCAGCUUUGUCAUGACCAUGAGCUCCUCUUUGACUGCAUCAACGAAGCUAUCAUGGAGCUCUGCUGUUGCCCUCCAUGGGCUUCGUUUGUUACGCCAAGAACCCGAGUCUUCUCUACCGUCAAAAGCAUCAUUCACGAGGUUCAAGAAGCGGUCUACUGGCAUCUCUUGCCAUUGCCACUCCCUCGCGCGUUGGAUCAAAUAGUUAGGAAAGAUUUGGCUAAAUCUGGAAACUGGUUAGACAUCAGAUGUGACAUUGACUGCAUUGGCUUUGAAACUAGUGAACUGAUUCUCGAGGAAUUACUUGAAGAGCUCAGUCUAAACUGCCUUAACAACACAGAACACUCUCUGGUUCCAGCUGAGUUGAAGACAGAUGAGAGCAUCCUUAUUUUAUGA